AAUCGAUUCGAUUAAAUUCUCGGAAGCCAUGGCCGCGGAGAAGAAGGUGUCCGAGGGAAUCAAGCUCCUGUCCGUGUACAACGACGACGAGGACGACGACAUGGAGGACGCCGAAGACGAGGACGAGGACGACGACGACGCCCUCCCGGCCGCCGAGGGGCGGGAGCGGCAGCGGUCCGAGCGAGGCGAGGCGGCGGCGGCGGCGGCGGCGGCGGAGGAGGAGGAGGAGGACCGGUCGGAGCGCGCGGCGGAGGACGACGAUGAUCCCGGGGAGGCGAGCGAUGGGGAGGAUGGUGGUGCUAGGGUUGGUAGCGAGAGGGCGGCGGCGGCGGCGGCCGCCGCUAGCGAUUCCGGUCACGAGAGUACUCCUCAGCCGACGACGACGGAGAGCUCGACGCCGGGCCAGCGGGAGCAGCGGCCUCCGCAGCAGGAGGCGGCGGCGGUUUCCGUGGAGGCGAGGAUGAGGAGGAGGAGGCGGAGAGAGAUGCUGAGCAUCGUGGAUUACGCACAUGAUGAAGUCGCCAUGUCUCCGGAAGCUGAGGAAGGGGAAAUAGACAGCAGCAGCGACUUUAUGCUUGAUGAAAGAUUCCAAACGGAAAAUGCAGGUGAUUACCAAGAAAAGCCUACUCAAGAAACUGUGCAGGUUUUGUCACCAAAUAAUCAAGAUAUUCCUAUAUCAUCUGGACAUAUAGAGCCAUCACAACCUGAUGUGAGAAAUGUCACAGAAGCACAACCCAUAGAAAUUGAAGAUUCUACUAAGAUUUCUGAUGAUAUUGAUCCAUUGGAUAAGUUUCUUCCCUCACCACCAACAGAAAAGUGCUCAGAGGAGCUGCAGGAGAGAGUGAGAAAAUUUAUUGCGUACAAAAGAGCUGGAAAAAGUUUCAAUGCUGAAGUGCGCAACAGGAAAGACUAUCGAAACCCAGACUUCUUGCUACAUUCGGUGAGAUAUCAAGAUAUUGAUCAGAUAGGAUCUUGCUUCAACAAGGAGGUGUUUGAUCCCCAUGGUUAUGAUCCAAGUGACUAUUAUGAUGAAUUAGAGGUGGACAUGAAACGAGAAGCAGAAAGAAAGGAACAAGAGAGGAAAAAGAGCCAGCAGGUCGAAUUUGUUUCUAGUGGAGUUCAAGCUGGAGCACCUGCAAUGUUGCCCAAAGUUAAUGUGCCUGUUGCAGGUGUUCCAACUGCUGCUUCUGGUGGCUUGCGACCUAGUGAUCCUGCUGCUCGGGAUGGCCGGCAGAACAAAAAAUCAAAAUGGGAUAAGGUGGAUGGUGACCGGAAGCCAUCAGGAGCACAGGAAUCUGUGUCCACCGUUGCUGCUCAUGCUGCAAUUCUAUCUGCCGCAAAUGCUGGUGCAGGUUAUACAGCCUUCGCCCAACAGAGACGCAGAGAGGCAGAAGAGAGAAGAUCUGGCGAGAAGAAGUUGGAUAGAAGAUCUUGAUGUUAAAAUUGAUUAUAGGAGCAUCAGGUUGACUUUCGUUCUUAAUCGAUCAAUCCUAGUUGAGAUCGCCAAGGAUUCCGAGAUCAGAUCGAAUCCUGCUAGACUGCGCGCAAGACAAAUCGGGUACCUUCAUAUUUUUUUUCUUCCACUGAAAGAGGGAAUGUUCUUAUACUCUGAAAGUGUUAACUUCUCAAAUGUAAGGUGAAAAUUUUCCAGAGAUGUAUUGUUGGCAUGUUUGAUUUUCCCCGGGACAUGUCCCAUUUUAUGUACUGUAAUUGUACGUCUGCACUGAACUGUUGGGCAACAUUGGAAUGAGUAGAUUUGAUAAAUGAAUUUUCCGGGGCACUUUAAAAAGCAA